AAUUUAGAACUAGAAAAUAGGAAAGAAAUAGAAAAAGAAAGAAAAAAAAAUAUAGAAGUCUCUUAUAUCCGGACUAGAUUGCUUUAAUUCUCGUCAGUCUCUUCAGUUUCUCCGUCCAUACCAAAAAACAAAACCCUAGUUCCCUUGAUCAAUUUCAGUCUUUCAGAGAGCGUGUUUAAAGCUAAUUCAAAAAUGGUGUCUGCAAAUAAGGAAAUGGCUGUUUUUUGCUUCGACACUCUGCUUGCACAUUUCAACAACAGUGAAGAAGCUCCUGUACCAGCUUUUCAGGACGGCCAACACCCAUUGUUUGUCACUUGGAAGAAACUGGUUAAUGGCGGGGAGCCUCGUCUUCGAGGGUGUAUUGGAACUUUAGAACCACAUGCAUUGAUCGAUGGGUUCAGGGACUAUGCUUUGACUAGUGCUCUUAGGGAUCGCCGAUUCUCCCCGAUACAGCCGGAAGAAUUACCUGUUUUGGAAUGUACAGUUUCUGUUUUGACGGACUAUGAAACUGCUUCAGACUAUCUUGAUUGGGAGGUUGGAACCCAUGGUAUUAUUAUUAAGUUUGUCGAUGCUGAUUAUAACGUGAGACGAAGCGGUACAUACUUGCCUGAAGUAGCAGAGCAACAAGGAUGGACACAAACUGAGGCAAUCGAUUCUCUGAUGCGUAAAGCUGGCUAUAACGGUGCAAUCACGGAGCCAUUGAGGAAGCAAAUUCAGCUGACUCGUUACAAGAGCACGAUUUACACCAUGAGCUACAAUGACUACAUGUCCUACAUUAAGACAACCAGAGGUGAGACCCCUUCAGCAGUCGGGUCUCAAACCUAGUAACCGUUGAUCUUUCCCUACAGCUGCAUAAAUUCUCAGCUGUUUAGGUUAUUUAAACUAAUCAAUCCGAUAGUUGGGUCGGCAGAGGAUUUUAGUUUCUCUCCUUCCAACUGCUUUAGUGCUUUAACCAUUGUUAAACUAUUUCUUCAUCCAUCACUCGUCCCAGUCGAAACUCACAGGGAUGAAACUGGUUAGUGAGAUAGACCUCUUUGAUUUGUAGUUUAAUAAUUGAUUCUUACCCGAUGUUAUCAUUUCUUGUCAGCAUCAUGUUAUAUGAAUUGUGGCUUAAGAGGCCGCCUUACCUGCA